UUACCCGGGGACGCGCGGCCGAGAGCAGGGCGCAGCCGAGCCGGGGCGGCGCGACCACAGGUGCCCGCGGCCGGGGCCCAGACCCCGGACCCCGACCGGACGCCGGCCCCGCCCCGGGACCCCGGCCCGGGACCCCGACUCCGACCCCGACCCCGGCCCGGGACCCCGACUCCGACUCCGACCCCGCACCCCAACCCCCCGCCUUGACGCCCGACACCGGACCCCGCCCGCGUCCCUGACCCCCGACGAGACCCCAGACCCCGCAUCCGAUCCCAGCCCUGGCCCUGGACCCCUGACCUAGGACGCGGACCCCGACCCCCGACGCCCGACCCCUCCCCUGGACCCCGGACCUCCGACUCCGACCCCGACCCAACAUGACGGGGCUGGAGGAGGACCAGGAGUUCGACUUUGAUUUCCUCUUCGAGUUUAACCAGAGCGACGAGGGCGCCGCGGCGGCCACCGCAGAGCACUACGGCUUCGCCCCCCCUGGCCUCGGCUCCGGUCUGCCCCUCUCCGCGGCGCACCCCUCGCUGCCGGCCCCGUGCCACGACCUGCAGAGCUCGGCCCCGGGCGUCGCCCCCGCGGGCUAUGGUGCGGCUGUGGACAGCGGGCCCCCGAGCUACUUCCUUUCCGCCGGCGGCGUUAGGCCCAACGGGGCCCCGGCCCUGGAGAGCCCGCGCAUCGAGAUCACCUCCUACCUGGGGCUGCACCACGGCAACAGCCAGUUCUUCCACGACGUGGACGUGGAAGACGUCCUUCCCAGCUCCAAGCGGUCCCCGUCCACGGCCACCCUGAACCUGCCCAACCUGGAGGCCUACCGCGACCCCUCGUGCCUGAGCCCGGCCAGCAGCCUGUCCUCCCGCAGCUGCAACUCCGAGGCCUCGUCCUACGAGUCCAGCUUCUCGUACCCGUACGCGUCCCCGCAGACGUCGCCGUGGCAGUCCCCCUGCGUGUCCCCCAAGACCACAGACCCCGAGGAGGGCUUCCCCCGCGGCCUGGGGGCCUGCGGCCUGCUGGGGUCCCCGAGGCACUCGCCCUCCACCUCGCCGCGCGCCAGCGUCACCGAAGAGAGCUGGCUGGGGGCCCGCACGUCCCGGCCCUCGUCCCCCUGCAACAAGCGGAAGUACGGCCUCCACGGCCGGCAGCUGUCCUGCUCCCCCCGCCCCUCGCCCACGCCGUCCCCGCAGGGCUCGCCGCGGGUCAGCGUCACCGACGACACCUGGCUGGGCAACACCACGCAGUACACGAGCUCGGCCAUCGUGGCCGCCAUCAACGCGCUGAGCACCGACGGCAGCCUGGACCUGGGCGACGGCGUCCCCGUCAAGGCGCGCAAGACCGCCCUGGACCACGCGCCCUCCUCCGUGGCGCUCAAGGUGGAGCCGGCGGGCGAGGACCUGGGGACCACGCCGCCCACGUCCGACUUCCCGCUCGAGGAGUUCCCGCCCUUCCAGCACAUCCGCAAGGGCGCCUUCUGCGACCAGUACCUGUCGGUGCCGCAGCACCCGUACCCGUGGGCCCGGCCGCGCUCCCCAACGUCCUAUGCCAGCCCGUCUCUGCCUGCCCUCGACUGGCAGCUGCCGUCACACUCAGGACCGUACGAGCUGAGGAUCGAGGUGCAGCCCAAGUCCCACCACAGAGCUCAUUAUGAGACGGAGGGGAGUCGGGGGGCCGUGAAGGCGUCGGCCGGAGGACACCCCAGUGUGCAGCUGCACGGCUACGUGGAGAGUGAACCGCUCACCCUGCAGCUGUUCAUCGGGACGGCGGACGACCGGCUGCUGCGGCCCCACGCCUUCUACCAGGUGCACCGGAUCACGGGCAAGACCGUCUCCACCACCAGCCACGAGGCCGUCCUCUCCAACACCAAGGUCCUGGAGAUCCCGCUGCUGCCGGAAAACAACAUGCGCGCCAUCAUCGACUGCGCCGGGAUCCUGAAGCUCAGAAACUCCGACAUCGAGCUCCGCAAAGGGGAGACGGACAUCGGGAGGAAGAACACGCGGGUGCGGCUGGUCUUCCGCGUGCACAUCCCGCAGCCCAGCGGCCGGACGCUGUCGCUGCAGGUGGCCUCCAACCCCAUCGAGUGCUCCCAGCGCUCGGCCCAGGAGCUGCCCCUGGUGGAGAAGCAGAGCGCCGCCAGCGGCCCGGUCCUCGGCGGGAAGAGGAUGGUCCUGUCCGGCCACAACUUCCUGCAGGACUCCAAGGUCAUUUUCGUGGAGAAAGCACCAGACGGCCACCACAUCUGGGAGAUGGAGGCGAAGACCGACGGAGACCUGUGCAAGCCGAAUUCGCUGGUGGUCGAGAUCCCGCCUUUCCGCAACCAGAGAAUAACCAGCCCCGUGCAGGUCAGCUUCUACGUGUGCAACGGGAAGAGAAAGAGGAGCCAGUACCAGCACUUCACCUACCUGCCCGCCAAUGUUCCCAUCAUAAAAACGGAGCCCAGCGACGAUUACGAGCCUGCCCUCACCUGUGGACCAACGACCCAGGGCCUGAGCCCGCUCCUCGAGCCCUGCUGUGGCCGGCCGCGGGCCCUGCCGCCGGACCCGGGCGCCUGCCUCCUGCCCGGCUUCCCGCCCCGUCCGCAGAGCAGCGCCAGCCCCGAGCUGCACGACCUGUCCUGCGCCCCCUACGGCCACGGCCCCCUCGGACUCCCGAGGCCCGUCGGCGGGGUCCUCGCCGGCCAGGAGGCGCCGAGACCCGCGGGCGUGCCUCCCGGGCCCCCCCAGCCGCCGCCCCCCGCCCUGCUGCAGCCACAGUAAAUGAGAUAAUACGAAACGACCUCUCCAGCACCAACAUCCACUCGUAGUGGGCAACGCGGACUCUCCGAAGCUGCGUGGUGUCGAUUCGACGGUGACGACGUCUGAGUCAACACACUGAACUCACACCUGGUACCACUCGGAAUUUCCGCCUCCGCGAAGGCUUAGAUCAUCUGUACGAGAAGUAGCUCAAGGAAGGGAGGAAGGAAGGACCACUCCAUCUUCUGAAGGAAAGUCAUCUCAAGAAGGAAACGAAAGUGGGUGGGUGGGGGGAGCACAGAAGACAGACCUCGUGACGCUCCCCUCGUGGCCACGACCCGCCGCGGCAGCCUGACCCCAAGCCGUACCCUUCAGGCACCCCUGGACGUCGUGCUGGAAGUGCCUUAUUUAAGCAGCCUGCAGCAGCAGGGCAUCGUGGGGUUGGGCACUGAACUGGCUGCCAGGAGGGUGGGAGCAGGAGCUGCGAGGACAUUUCGGCAUGCGGCUUUAUCCUUUGUGUGGAAUAAUACUGGAGAGCUGGGCGUGGUUAGGAAAACCUAACACGUUUCCUACGUGUUUCACCUUUUCCUGGGCUGUAAGAUACAAUUACAGUUGUACUAUACAAUUCAGUUGCCUUACUCCGUGCAUUUCAGAACUCUUCCAAGGUGUCAUCUCAGCUCUUUCAUGACCGCCUUCCCUCCCCUGUGUUACCCAAACCUUAGGGUUGUUCCUUGUCGCGUGUUAGGAUUUUGUGUUUAAUCUGACUUCGAACACAGCACAGGUAAGUUGAAAAGCACAAGACAGGUGACGGGACGCACACAGAGCCCCGCCCGUCUCGGGACAGAGCUUGCCCUUACAUGUGUGUACAUAUAGGUGUGUAUUUAUGUGCGAACGUGACAGAGGUGGCGAUGCCCAGCCCUCGCCCAGCAAUGCCAGCGUCCAUUCUGGAAGACGCACCUGAGGCUCCAGACCCGCAUCCCAGCCGCUUCCGUGGGGGCAUCACCCCCACCCCCGCGAGGUCUGCGUUUUCUGCCUCCUGCAGUUAACCAAGCACUUUAGAAGCCAGGAGAGGUGCGUCCACAAUAUUACCUGUCACCAAAUGGCAGAAUUGGAACGAAACUGUAAAUAACGUUACAAAAGGAGUGUAAUAUAUUUGUUCAGCUGUAAGAUGAUUAUUUCACAGAAGCCUUAUAACUCUGCUUCAUCUAAGGAAAUGAUUACCAAAAACAGCGUUUUAAUAUGUGGUGACUGUAGUGUGUUUCCAGAGGAGUUACUGUUAACAGGUAGGUUAGUGUGAGCUUUACUACUGCAUUUUGUACCCUUAACAGCUUGUUACGCGUUAUCGCUAGCAGUGACCUGUUGUUUCACGUAACCAAAAAGCAUGGUUUAAUGAAAACAUGUUUAACCUGGUAACUGUGCCUUAGGGACUCACGCCCCCUCCUGGAAGACGGCCGAAUCGCACGCUCGGGGGAGGUGACAAGUCCUGUCACCAAACUCAGCGUUUUGGUGGGGAAAGCACUCUCCCACAGAGAGAAUUAUUUUUAAAAUGUUCUUCUGUACGAUUAUGUCUUACUUUUUUUUUAAGUCACAGGAGCAAAAAUCUGAAAGCCAUAUUUGUAACAUUUGCACAUGACUGUGAAGAGCUGAAGACACCUGGCUUCGUGUGCACACGACCCUGCCCUCCCGCCCGAGCCCCUGCCCUGCAUUUCGCCUCCUAGCAGUUGCAUGAGUCGUUUCUCCCAGGGCACUGUCCAGUGGGAAGGAAAUGUUUGAUACUGUGUUAGCUCUCUUUGUAGUUAGAAGGUAGAUCCAAUAAAGCAAUAUUUUUU